CUUUCCGCAUUUAAUAUGUCGCAAACAAAAGAGACAACAUCCGCCUGACAAAGACGAGUCUGGGUUCAUCGGGUGGUCGGAUCUCAAGCCAGCCGGCAACGCCCUAGCAUCGCGGGCUGCUGCGGCGGCACAUGAGCAUGCUGGCCAUCGGCGGAUGCAUCGGCACCGGGCUGUUUAUCGCAUCAGGCAGCGUGCUGUCGAACGGCGGGCCGGCAGGCGCCCUGCUGUCGUAUAUCAUCAUGGGCAUCGCAGUGUACUUUAUCAUGAACGCACUGGGUGAGCUGGCGGCGUACAUGCCGAUCGAGGGAUCGUUCAGCGCGUACAUGACGCGGUUCGUGGACCCGGCGGCGGGGUUCGCAAUCGGGUGGAACUACUGGCUGUCGUAUGUGCUGAUGGUGAGCUCGGAGCUGCUGAGCGUGGGCAUGGUGCCUGGAGCAGUGUGGAGCAUCGUGUGCCUAGUGGUGUUGUUUGCAGUGAAUUCCUGGUCGGUGCGGUCGUAUGGCGAGAUCGAGUACUGGGCGGCCAUGGUGAAGGUGGUGGCGGUGCUGGCGUUCAUUAUUCUGGGCAUCGUUAUCGACGCAGGCGGACUGGGCGGGCACCGGUACGGGUUCGAGAACUGGCAUAUCAAAGGCGCGCUGGUGUUCACGAUCUUCUCGUUCCUGGGCACCGAGAUGUUGGGGAUAUCGGCGGCCGAGUCGAAGAACCCGCGCAAGGACAUUCCGCGCGCAAUCUCGACGGUGUUCUUCCGCAUCCUGGUGUUCUAUGUGGGCUCGAUCCUGGUGAUCGGCAUGAUCAUCCCCUACGACGACCGGAAUCUGCUCAACGCCCACUCCGGUCAAGGACGUGGCCAUAUCGCCCGCGCCGGUCUGGGGCCGGCCGAGCACGUAGUCAAUGCUGUCAUCCUGACCACAGUCGUGUCGGCUGGCAAUUCGGGCCUGUAUGCGUGCACGCGCAUGCUGCAUGCCAUGGCCAUGGCGGGCACGGCGCCGCGGCUGUUCUCGCGCUGUACAAAGCGUGGUGUGCCGAUCUACGCGCUGGUGUUUGUGCUGGUUAUCGCCAUGGCGCUAUUUGGCAUCUCGUUCAUUGGCAACCAGAAGGUGUUUUCGUAUAUCCUCAACAUCUCGACAUUGAUGGGCUUGAUUACCUGGCUGUCCAUCUUGCUCGCUCACGUGCGCUUCCGCCUGGCCCUCAAGCGCCAGGGAUACUCCACCGCCCGCCUGCCCUUCCGCGACUGGACGUUCCCCUUCGGUACCGCCUAUGCGGCGUGCGCCAUCAUGGUGCCGAUGGCGGGCACUGGGUGGGCACAGACCCAGGGGCAUUUUGAUGUGCCUGGCUUUAUUACCACGUAUUUGGGCCCGGUCAUUGCUUGUGUCAUGUACUGCUUCUGGAAAUGGUACAAGAAGACGCGCAUUCUGGAUCUGGCCGAGAUCGAUCUGAUCUCAGGCUCCGUCGAAGACAGCAACUACCUGUCCAGCCACCACGUGGACUAGACCGCUCAAGAUAUACGUAGCAUUCGGCUACGCCAAGCUAUGUUUGAC